AAAAGAAUGGCUAAUUUAAGUGCAUACAAACAACAAAUACGACUUAUAAAACAAUAUGCUUUUGAACAUAAUAUAUCAGAAUCACAAACAACUGAAAUGUUUAACAAGUGCUUUCAAAUGCUUGAGAUAAAAUAUAGUAAAAAAACUUGGAGUAUUUUAAAAUUAUUAAAAUAUAUUACAACAUUUAUAUUUGCAUUAUUAAUUAUUUUCAUUGGCCUAUAUAAUCAUCCUUCUUAUAAUACUAUGGUAUUGAGAAAUCUGCAGAGUUCUAUUUAUCCUGGUUUAAAAAUUUUGCGUAAAAUAGCUUUACCAAUUAUUGAAAAAUAUCCAAUGUUGUCAGAGUUAUAUGAUGAGUGGUGUUUAGUUGAAAAUCAAUUUUUUUAUGUUAAUGAUAUGGAUUGUUGGCCAUGUAGUAUCACGAGUUCGGUACCUGAUCUAACAAACCAUAAUAUAACUAAAACAUUUAAUAUUGGCAUUCCUUAUACAAAAGCAGAAAAUAAUGUAGCUGUUAAUAUGCAAGAUUUAUCUGAGAUAUACUGGUAUAAUAAUGAUACUUUUAAAGAAGAUUCUAAUAGAAUAUUUUCUAAUAAUGAUGCGUAUCGUACUAUCCAUGAUGUUAUGGAUAAAAGAUUGGACAUUUAUCCAUCUGAGUUUCUUACAACGCAUAUAACAUGGAGAAUAAAUCGUAUGAAACCUGGAAGAAUUAUACGUAAAUUGUUUCCAAAACCUAUGGAAACUCCUAAUUGGUGGGGACAAAGUAUAGAGAAAUUUAUAUUUAUCGAUGAAGCAAACUCUCCUCUUUAUUCAUUGCCUAGACCUGAAUGCAGUAAUGUUAUAUUAAGAUUUACUGAUGGAGCAAGGUUAAUAAAGAUGAUGCCAAGCUUAGAGUGUCAACAAAAUUGCAAAACUUCUACGAUUCUUCUUUCAAAUGGAUACACAUUAUGGUAUAAUUGGUGGUAUUGGCGUCCAAUGAGUUUACCAGUUUCUAAUUCAACUGCUAUUUCUAUAAGUUAUCUUACUUCGUUUUGUUAGAAUUAUAUUAAAAUUAAUAAUAAACAUGUGCAAUAUGAUACUUUUGCCAAAGUUUAU